AGGUUGCUUUGUGACAUCUUACUGACCUCACCCCGAUCGUUCCGCCGACGCUAGUCCGAAAUGGCGCUUCGUCCACUCCUGCGUAAAAUUGAGAACAUUGGGCUUUUCUCGCCUGUAUGUAGCCGGGACAUAUUCACAACCUCCUGCAUGUGUCAUCCUGAAGAACCAUUAGUCCUGUCAAAACUCAAGCGCGGUACUGGGGGUCGCUCCUCUUUCAACGGAAUGGUCGCCACCGUGUUUGGGGCCACAGGGCGACUCGGACGGAAUGUAAUCACUCAUCUGGCAAAAACCGGGACACAGAUAAUAAUUCCCUAUCGUGGUGACCCGUACUUUGUGAGAGACCUGAAAGUGCUGGGUGAUCUCGGUCAGAUAUUGUUCUUGCCUUUUCAUUUAGAAGAUGAAAAUACUAUCCGUCAAUCUAUGCGCUACAGCGAUGUGGUCAUCAAUUUGGUUGGCAAGGAAACUCACACCCGUAAUUUCACACUAGAACAAGUUCACGUCGACGGGGCAGCACGAAUUGCCCGCAUCUCUAAAGAAAUGGAAGUUGACCGCCUUGUGCACGUGUCCGCACUCUGUCAAAACCCGAAUCCCCCCUGCUACGUCCGUGGACCGUCUCGUUUUAUGAAAUCCAAGGCAGCUGGAGAAUCGGAGGUGUUGCGAGAGAGGCCAGAUGCAAUCAUCUUUCGUCCAGCUGAUAUGUUUGGGGAACAGGACAGGUUUUUGUGCUAUUAUGCAGCGAAACCUCGCCGCGUAGGAAUGGGCCGAACAACCGAUGUACCCCUGUGGGCACUAGGACAAAAGACAAUCAAACAACCGGUGUACAUUGGUGAUGUGGCUCGAGGCAUUGUGAACAGUUUGACUGCUCCGGAUUCACCUGGGCGCAUCUACGAGGCUGUCGGGCCUCAUCGAUAUCGGCUAGAUGAUCUGGUCAAAUGGAUCUACUUCAUUUGUCGUUACUUUCCCAACGAGUUGAAUAUCGUCCGGAUAAAUCCGAUUUUCCUAUGCGUGUGUUAUUCAAUCAAUACAUGGCCCGAGUCACACCGUUUUUAAGCUUCGAACGCCUGGAGCGGGAGUUCUCCACGGACACAUUGUCGGGCACCCCAACGUUAGCCGAUCUGAACGUGAAGCCGACCAAACUGGAGGACCGCAUUCAUCAUAUCGUGUUUCUUUUUCGACGUUAUAACUACUAUUGGGACGCUGUGGGCGAAAUCCCCGAACCACCCAAUCCACCUAUACAACUGGAUUGAACUGUGCGGACAAUCUGAUAGUCUUCUUUGCUCCUACGAUGGUCCCCUUCUUUUCUUUGCCACCUUUACUCAUCAAUACUGCAUUGUUACAGCGAGAAAAAAUUAGAACCGUGUUAUAGAAGUACCCCUUUCUCUAGUUUCAAUUUGGAGUUGCCAAUUUUUUCCCUGUAAAUCAGGUCAGUCCAUUUCGAAUGUCUCAAACAUACCGUGCAAGUGUUG